AUGGAACCGCCCUCGCAAACAAGAGAUGAAGAAGAUUCGGCCUCAUCAUCUGACCGAACCGGCACGCAGAACACGGAUGAAAAUCCGUCUGAUAAAGAAGAAGGACCGAAUGACGAAGAACAAUCGGCUACAAGUCUUGACAAUGUCGGUGCGGCCGAUGCCGGUGCAGACUGCCGUGAGGAGGAAGAGACUCCCAUUGACAACGACCAAAUGAUAGCCGCGAACAUUGUACGACAAAUCUUGGAGGAAAUCGAUCUGCGAGCUCAAGCGGCUUCCGCAGUAUACCGGGAAUGGUUCGAGUACCGAUCUGACAAAUUCUUCAAGCACAUGCUACCGGGCCUAACCGAUGGACAAAGUUUCAGAAGGCUGAAGGAGAUAGAAGAAACCGUUAUAAGACUCACAAACGCCGAGGAUCCUAACGAAGCCAUGGACCAACAUGCAAUAGUGAAAUCGCAUGCUCGGCUACAAAAACUAACCGUACACAUACAAAAGCUUAAAGAAAGGUAUGUUGCAGGAACACCGAAGGCUAAGUUACAACUAUUGGUGUUGGAUAUGCUUGAGGUCAAGAAAGGGGAACUCAUUGACGAGAUAGAGGAGAUUGAAGCGGUGCGCAUACAACGAGGCGUCACAGAAGAAAGGGUCAAGUCCCUUAUUCAAGAGUUUGCCGACUCAAAGGUUCGACCAUGGAAGAGGAAAAUGAAGAAAGCCGCUCUUCAAACAAUCAAGUUAGCUGAAACAACAAGGGAUGAACUGGUGAAGGGAGAUGCCCGAAUCACAGAGAUCGAAGCCAACUACCGGGACAAUACUCCUCUACACAACGAUCAUCUUCAGCGAACCGAAGACUUGGAAGCUACAACCUCGAAGAUGGUGGAUGACUUGGAACGGUUUCAAGGGAAAACCGAGCAACGGCUCACGAAGGUCGAUGAAGACCUGGGGCAGUCAAGCACCAAAGCCGCUUCCACACUCAACAGAGUUAUCAGCCUCGAGGAAAAGAAUGCAAGCCUUGAGGAUCGGAAUACCCAACUUGAAGCCGACCUCAAGGCGCUCACCGAACAGGAGGCAAACGCUCGAGCGGCUAAAGAACUACAGGAUGCCUUGGAUGCACAAAACCGGACAGAGAAGGAAGCACCGCGGUCAUCUAAUGCGACCUUCGACGAACGCGUAAGAAUAUUAACGGCAAGUGAUCCGGAAUUCGAAAAAACCGUGGCCGCUAGAGAAGACAAGGAGGCAGAGCGGUUAAACAAUGAAAAACGAAGGCUCGCCGAUUAUGCCAAGGCUCUCAAAAAGACCAAGGCAGCUUCUUCCUCUUCGGUUCCGGCAAAACGGAAAAGGAAAACAUCAUCAAGGCAGGUUCAAGUAACCGAGAUGCAGGAGAGGAUCACCGAGACAAAUAUCGAAACUCCAUCGAACCCAGUUUCCCAAACCGAGGAUGAAAUCGAAGAGAAUCUCGAGCCGCGAUCUUCAAGACAACGACUUCUCAAUACGGCUCCAAUCAGCACGGUCGAUCAACCGCAAGCUAGAGGUUCAUCUUCAAGACCGGAUCAACCGAAUGAUGAGCAACCAACCGAUGAUAUGUUGAAAGACUUUCGGCUAUCCGAUUCAGAAUAG